AUGGCCAGACCCAAGCCGGCCGGCCAGAGCCGGAGAUGUCUUAAUGUGGAGGCGAUCGUGGCGGAGGCGCUGGCUGAGCUGCGAGUGCGCAGCGAAGCAAAACAAUCUCACAUGCACGAAAAUCCCGGCGAUUUUAAUAAUGAGGCCAGUUUUCCGCGGUUUGCUGAACCCAUCCCGAACAUCACGGUAACGAUAGGCCGUGACGCAUUGCUGGCCUGCGUGGUGGAUAACCUGAAAGGAUACAAGGUGGCGUGGGUACGCGUCGACACGCAAACCAUACUCUCGAUCCACCAUAACGUGAUAACGCAGAACCCCCGAAUUAGCCUCACCUACAACGACCACCGGUCCUGGUAUCUGCACAUCCGAGAGGUGGAGGAGAGCGACCGGGGCUGGUACAUGUGCCAGGUCAACACCGAUCCCAUGAGAUCGCGCAAAGGAUACUUGCAGGUCGUGGUGCCUCCGGCAAUCGUUGAAUCGAUGACCAGCAACGAUAUGGUCGUACGGGAAGGGACGAACGUGACGCUUAACUGCAAGGCCAAAGGCUUCCCCGAGCCGUACGUAAUGUGGCGCCGGGAGGACGGGGACGAGAUGGCGAUCGGUGGAGAAAAUGUAAACGUUGUUGACGGGGAGAUACUACACAUCACAAAGGUCAGCAGACUCCAUAUGGCGGCAUACCUAUGCGUGGCAUCGAACGGUGUUCCGCCAUCGAUUAGCAAACGAGUGCAGCUAAGGGUACAAUUUCCGCCGAUGCUGUCCAUACCAAAUCAGCUGGAGGGCGCCUACGUCGGACAGGACGUCGUUCUCGAAUGCCACACGGAGGCGUAUCCGGCAUCCAUCAAUUAUUGGACGACAGAGCGGGGCGACAUGAUAAUAUCGGAUACCUCCCGCACGGGCGAUAAGUUCGAAACGAUGUCCCGCAACACGGGCUACACGAAGUAUAUGAGCCUGAAGAUCCGAUCUGUCGGGCCGGCGGAUUUCGGAUCGUACCGAUGCGUGGCCAAAAACUCAUUAGGCGAAACCGAUGGACUAAUCAAAUUGGACGAAAUACCGGCCCCGACGACAAUAUUGACAACCGAAUCACUUUAUAACAAUCGAUCAAAAGGACGGAAACAAAAUAAAAAACACGAUCCUACCAUGGUCGGAGACUACGGCGUCGAGGAGUGGAAAGGUGAUGGUCCAGCGAUACGACAUCCCCCCGGGGCGUUCCACAACGGCGGAGCAUCCUCGUUGACGUCUUGGCUACGGAUGGUGUCCUGUUGCUUGCUGCUGCUAGAGUUGCUCCCGCUGAUUCACCUGCAUCACCUCGAUCACCGACCACCGGCGGUAGACCUUGGACGAUGA